UGAAAAAAAAAGGUUGUACAGAAAGGCCAAAGAAGCUUCUUUUCUGCAUCAAAAAUACCAGACCAUCAGGGCUAUAGACUGUCUAUCCUCCAGUCCCUCUCUCUCUCUCUCUCUCUCCAUUCUCUACCCUCAGGCCUCUGUUCAUAUCAUCAAACCAAUUAUCCCCUCUUCUUCAUAUACUACUUAGCCUUUUCCUUGAGCUAUAUUCGAGUUUCUUUGCAUUGUGUAACUUUGAUGUCUAUACCUCUGGAACAUAAUUACAUAGGCUUAACAGAGACCUCUUCAAUGGAAAGAGGCUCUGACAAGCUUUCAUCUUCCUCUUCUUCUACUCUCUCCACUGAGGAUGAGAGGAGCUCUACUCUCAACCUCAAGGAGACUGAGCUCAGGCUUGGCUUGCCUGGGUCUGAGUCCCCAGGGAGAAAACCAGGACUGGGGGUCUCUCUUUUUGGCAAGGAUUUGGAGGAUAAAAAUAAUGGGUAUUCUCCGAAUUCUCUAAAGAAUCUCGUGUCUGGGGCUAAGAGGGGUUUCUCUGAUGCCAUUGAUGGGUCUUCUGGGAAAUGGGUUUUAUCUAUGAGUAAUGGAUCUGAGGUUGAUUUGGGUAAAGGAGCUGUCUUGUUCUCUCCUAGAAGUGGAAAUGGUGGGAAGCCUCUUGUUGGUUUGGAGGGUAAGAACAAUACCCAGCAGUCAUGUCUGUCCGCAAAACCAACCAUGAAAGAGGCUAGUUCUGUUCCUCAAUCUUCAAAGCCAGUUCAGGAGAAGAAGCCUCAGGUUCCUGCUGGAAAUGAACAUGGCAGUGCUCCUGCUGCAAAGGCACAGGUUGUGGGAUGGCCACCAAUUCGAUCAUUCAGAAAAAACACCAUGGCCUCCAAUCUGGCAAAAAAUAACGAGGAGGGUGAAGGAAAAACUGGAUCUAGAUGCCUUUAUGUAAAAGUUAGCAUGGACGGUGCUCCGUACCUAAGGAAGGUCGACCUUAAAACCUACAAAAAUUAUAUGGAACUUUCAUCAGCUCUCGAGAAGAUGUUCAGCUGUUGGCUUGAGCUGCAAAACGAGAAUUGGAAGAUGGAAGGCAUGCAUCAUGUGAGUGAGAACGUUGAUGGCCGAGAAGCUUGCUAG